AUGUCAUAUUCAACAUUUAUCAAAUGUUCGCUAGUAUAUUUUGUCACAAUUUCGUGUGUUGAGGCAGCCCGUUAUGGAUUUGCCUUUGAAAACGAUGAGAUGUUCGAAGGAUGUCCCGAUGUACCGAAUAGCUUCAAUGUAAUAGAUGUGGUUGAUAAUACCUUCAUUGAAAUGGAAUAUGCCGAUGGAUUUGUGAGUGUGGCCGGUAAUCAUACCCUAUUGUGGGAUGUCCAACCAACGGAUCGCAUUGAGGCAAGUGGUGAAAUGUAUCACUAUCGACGUGGUAGUUGGCAGCCAACACCAUUUUCGAUGACCAUUACGGAUUUCUGUAGUGUUCAAUUUGAUCCGAAAUCCUUGUGGUAUCAAGUUUGGACCAGACACAUACCCAAGGAAAGGCGUAAAUGUGUUAAUAAUUAUGGUCAUAACUAUUCGUACGGACCAUUUACUGUCGAUGUCAGCUAUGAAUCAAUUACUAAUCUUGAAGGGCGUUACAAAGUGAUGGGUUACGGAUAUGCCUACGAUGAGAAUAAUAAAAGACGCAAUAAUACUAUUUGCUAUCAG